AUGUCUUCAAUUCCACCUUCAAUUUCUGCUACACCUGCUCUCGAUGAUUCAAAGAAUUCAAACUUUCCAAAGGUCAACUUUUCAGAGAAACAAUUGAGAGAAUACAGGGAAGCUUUUGAUAUGUUCGUCAAGAUGGAUAUUGAUAAGAAUAAUAAUAGUUUCGUUGGUGGAUUGAAUACAUCAUUCACUAGAAGUGCUUCUUUUGUUAGUAAUACAUCAUUUACUGCUAAGAAUAUAAAACCAAGUUCUUCUCCUAAACCACCUUCACCAAGACGAUCAGAAUCAAGAUCUUCAAAAUCAUCAACAAGAUAUGUAGAAUCGGAAGAUGAAGACUCUGAAUAUGAAGGAAUUAAUUCGGAAGACUCAUCAGAUGGAGAAGAAGAUGAACCAAGUAUUAACUUGGAUAAAUUGGGUGGUAUUAUGAGAAGUUUGUUUCAGAACCCAACUGAAACUGAAUUAAAAGAUAUGAUUAAGGAAGUUGAUGCUGAUGGUAAUGGUGAAAUUGAAUUUGAUGUAAGUUUGACAUCAAUUGAUUGCUAA